AUGAUAGAAAAAAGGGUGUGCGAGGUGGCCAACUCAUGUGCUAGCAARUAUGAGGAACUAAUCGUUAUUGAAGCUAAAGAAGUGAAAUUGACGGAAGAAAAUUUGCACCAGUUGUUUUUUAUGGAAAAAGAGUUUUUGGAAAGUUUUUCCCAAGAAUUGGUCGACGAACUGUUGAGUAAAAAUGUGUAUUCUGUAAUGUUGUCAAUGCCUACUGUCAAACAUGACACCAGUUCCGAAGAAGAAGUCGAAAAUACACCUGUUUCUACCGACUUAAUGGGAGUAAUAGAGCAAAAGUUGAGCACGAUAAUUUACGGUGACGGAAGCCCGUUAAAUCCUAGUCCGGAUUCGUAA